UCUAAAAUAUAUAGUACAUAAAUGGUACUAUCUUACUUCUAAGUAAUACAUAUAUGUUUGUAGGCCCUCUUUAUCAACUUAGUGUUCAUGGAGUUCUAAGAACCACCCACAAUACAGUUUCUAUGGAACUGGUGCUAGUUAGAUCAAUAAAUGUACACACGAUAACAACCAACUAAAAGCUCAUCUAAUAUUAAUACCUUAAUAAUUUAACUUUAAUGUUUACACUCUAGAUGUUAAAAUUAGCAAAUUUCAGGAAAAAAUGAGUAAACAAGGAAGUGAAAAGAAAAAAGAGAUAAAUUCUAAAGAUGACAAAAAAACAAAGAAGCAGACACCAACAACAAUAAAAACACGGAAGGAGGGUAAAAAGUCGAGGAACUUGGUGGAUGUAUUUAAUGAAUGUGCUAUGGAUAAUGCUUACCAUACAUGUCACAAUGUACAAGAUCUGCUGAAGUGCCGGGGUUUUCCAUGGCCACAGGCACAAAAGAAGAAGAAAAAGAAAGGUGGCAAAAAAGGCAAAUGAGAAUAAAAAUGAAUCA